AUGGCAGCCGAAGCAGGGAUGCUCGAGCUGCCCUUUGUCCGUGAUGACCAGCUCACCCGCUGCAUGCGGCUGCGAUUCCAGAGCCUGCAGCAAAAAAAUAUGAGGCCCCAGGAUGGCGAGAAGCUGCUGCGUCCCAACGAGCAUGUCUACCGAGUGGAUUUUAUCCGGCAGCACAACCUGCGCUUUGUCCGCUGGGACAUCCAGCUGGAGAGACCUGGGAAGGUCACGGUGACCGGCACCUCCCAGCACUGGACUCCUGAUCUCACCCACCUUAUGAACCGGCAGCUGCUGGAGCCGGUGGGCAUUUUCUGGAAGAAGCCAGGGGCCAAGGAAGUGGAGUGCAACGAGGCGGAUGCCCAGGAAUUUGGGGAGCGGAUAGCGGAGUUAGCCCAGAUCCGCAAGGUGAUGUAUUUCCUCCUCGCUUUCACUGACGGCCUUGAACCAGCUCAGCUGAAGGGCUCCGUUGUUUUUAAAGCCUGA